AUGGAGCUAAAUAAAGACGCAAUACAACUUUUUAAUAAAUUGGAAGCUAAGGAUGUUUGGAAGGAUUUUAAUUGUCCAAAAUAUAUUAUCCGUCCUUACCCUAAAACUGAUAAAUUACCAGAAGGAAUUUUUCAUUUUCGUGAAUAUUUCAAAGUAGACACAAAUUAUAUUCUACAAAAAUUAGAUAAACUUAUAUCUGAUCCUAUAAUCAGUAAUAGUGUACCCCGUAUAUGUAGACUUCUAUAUGAAUAUCUUCAUGAAGUAGGAGACAAUGGAUAUUUUUUGGCUGAAAAUGUUCAAUUAGUUAAAGAAUAUGAAUUACAUUUUGAUAGAAUGUUAGAACUUUGUAAUUUACCACCCUUAUUGGAAAAAUCUUUCGAAGGUGUCACUAAUUGUCAUAUAUUAGAACAAUAUUUUACAUUGUUAGGAGACCUUCUUGUUAUCUUACCAAAACAUCAAGCACUGAAAGUUCACCAAGCUCUUCAUUCUUUGUUAUUGAGAACAAAAUUAACAAAUGUCAAUGUAAUAAAACUUAAACAUUGUCGUAGAGCCAUGGAAAAAUCAAAGCUGCCACUUAUUGUGGUUGAAUUAUUACAAGCUUCUUUUCCAGAUAUAUAUCCAAAAAUUUUAGACUUAAUUUUUUUACUUUCAUCCACUUCACGUGUAAGCUCUCUUAGAAUGCUGGAAGUUAAUGUACUUAACACCAUAUUCAUUAGAAUGGAUCUUCCUUAUGCAACACAAUUACAUUGUACAAGACCACCUGAUUCGUUAUUAAUUGGAAAUGAGUACUCUGACGAUACAACUCUUUUAAUAAUGAAUACAUUAUGGAGUCUAAUGAAAUCUAUUAUUCCCCCUAAUAGCAUGCCAACUAAUUUAAAUAAAAGUUCAACGCCUGCACAUUGUGUUUUAUGGUAA